GAUAUCCGUCUGCUUGCCAGGGCUCUACAUAUUUUUGACGUAUUGAUGAGGUUGGUUACCCGAUAGCGGCGACUGGGAACCACCUACGAUUUCAAAAAUAAUCAAAAGCAGCUUAUCGUUAAACCUAAUUUGCCGGGAAUCCAUUUGCUAUUUUCCUGGCGUUGUUUUUACAUUCCUCCCAAAGCCAUGGUCAACGAAGGGAAAGAUGAAGCAGCCAAAAUAUCUCAUCACUUGUCACUGCUCAGAGAAGAAUACAACAAGCUGCAAGCCCGCCACACUGAAGUGCUGAGACAACUCGGUGCCUCUUCAGGGGAACAUUCCAAUACUUUUCUUGCCCGUAUUUUGAAGUUUGUUGCUAAUUUACACUUGUCCCAAAAUCUCAGUGAUGUGAGAAUUAAGCUGGCCAACGGCUCUGUACCUGGCCACCGUUUUGUGCUCACUGCCAGAGCUGAUAAUUGGCUCUUGAGUAAUCAAAGCUGGGAUAAUGUACAGGAACUAGAUUGGAGCCAUUUGGAUCAAGAUAUCGGGGAUGCCUUGUUACGCUGGGUUUAUAAAGACGAGCUGAAAGUGCCAAAUAAUCGAUUCGAUUUUCUCGUCAGUCUUCUUAAAGCCGCCGGCCAGUACAGACUGGGCGACCUGAUAAACAGCUGCGAGGAGAAACUCAUUCCUAUGGUCAAUGUUUCCAAUUGUGUGGAGCUUUUCGUCCGGUCUGAAGAAACCGGAGCUGAAACGCUCCGGAAGUUUUGUGCAAGCCUUAUGAGCAACCACUGGGAGGAUUUGAAUCGCGAAAAUUUGGCUCCUCUUUCUGCCCAAUCCCUCUACCGCCUAUUGGAAGAACAUUCCUCUCAUCCUCUGCACGCCGCCGUCCGUCUCGGAAGGGAAGAUGUCGUUUUCCUCGAUUUGAUCAAGUACACUCAACAGUUGCCCGUGAGAUUAAAUGCAGUUGACUCGAAAGGAGACAUUGCUCUAGAUAUUGCGUUACAUUUGCGUUACGAAUCUCUGGCCUUGUGCCUUGUUCAACAUGGGGCCAACGUGGACUGCGUCGAUCCUGCCGGCCAGCGGUUGCUACACAAAGCCAUUAUGCGAAAGGAUGAGUUUUCGUGCGAUUUUCUACUUAAACACGGAGCUCUACCGACGGCCGUCUUACCCGAUUCCGGCUACUCACCUCUACACUUGUUAGCCGAUUGGAAAUCCGACACGGUGGCUGACGUUUCGAGUCUGCUUCUGAAACAAGGCUGCAGCCCCAAUGCAGUCGCGGAAGAUGGAAGCACGCCUCUACACCUGGCGGUCCGUUCCAACAACAUGGCGCUAAUUGAGAUUCUAUUAGCCGAUUCCCGAACGGAUUGUGAACGACAAGACAAGGAAGGUUUCGUCCCUCUGUGGUACGCCCUUCAAAAUCCCAUUGAACUGUCCAUUGCCGAGCAGCUGACAGUCAAGUGCUCAUCGUGUGUCAACGCGGUGUCGUCCGUAACUGGUGCUCCCCUUUUACACAUGGCGGCUUUUGCCAAACUCGAACAAGCCACGUUCUUCCUCGUCAAUCACAAAGCGGAUGUGAAUGCACUGAACCGUCAGGGUGAGUCCCCUUUGCACAUUGCCAGUCGAUCCGGAAUGUCUGCAGUGGUCCGGAAGCUGCUGGAUAAUGGAUCAGAUCCUAACCUACAGACUCCACCCCCUACGCUUUCCAGCCCUGUGCAGGUCAAGGUCAAAGUGGCUAAAGUGGCCGACGAGAGUUACAAUCCAUUUGAGGACGACGAAGUCGAUCAAGCCCAAGAAGAAGAAGAUAUUCAAGAAAUCGGGCUCCAUUCUUCCAUACACUUGGCCGUUCAUGGCGGAUUCGAGGAUGUCAUCACCGCUUUCGUCGAACACACAGAAAAGAACAAAACGGCGAUCGAUUUUGAUGUGAGAGAUUCGGCCGGCGAGUCGACUUUAUGUGCCGCUUUACGCUUGGGUCGUUACUCGAUUGCCCAGCUCUUGUUGAGAGGCCGAGCGUCCGUCAAUGCCGCCAGUCCCAACGAAGGACACCGACUGUUGCACUAUUUCCUGCUGAAGGGAGACGAACGAGCGGCACUCUUUCUAUUGGAUAAUGGCGCCGACGUUCACGCCCUCACGCCGGAUGGAGAAUCAUCUCUGGUGCUGUGCAUCCGCAAAAAUCUGCCGUCGGUGUUGGAGGCGCUCUGCCGACGUGGAGCCAAUAUGGAAGAAGCUCCCGGAGACGCUUGUCCACUUUGGUUAGCGCUGACGUCCGACAACGAAGAUUUGGCAUCCAUUCUCGUCCGCUACGGAGUUGACACGGAUCACUGGGAACAAGGGCCAGACGGGACCAGUCAGACGUUACUCCACCGAGCCCUGGACGCCAGUGAUGAAACUUCGGCGUGUUUCCUCAUUCGCAGUGGAUGUGAAGUGAACAGUCCUCGGAGAGAAGGCGGGUCGGAAAACGAUCGCAGCACUCCUCUGCAUCUUUGCGCUCAGUGGGGCCUGGAGCAAGUGGCCGCUACUCUUUUAGAGCACGGAGCCGAUAUCAGUCCGCGCGACGAGGAGGGAAAGACUCCACUUCACGUGGCUAUUGAGCAACAUCAGGCCGGCCUGGUCCAACUGUUGCUCCGCCAGUCUAACAUUGACCUUUACGCCGUCGACCGGACCCAGAAGACGCCUUUUGCUACCGCUCUUUUGGUCAAGAACAACAAGGCUGCGGCUGCCGUCCUGGAAAAGGAUUCUUCCGUUGCCGAACAGUAUGACAAUAAAGGACGGACGCUGCUUCAUGACAUUGUUUUGCGUGGUGACUUGGAAGGAUUGCUCUUUUUACUUUCGGUUCGCGUCAACAUCAACUCGCGGACUUCUGACACGGCGAAAUUGACGCCGCUUCAUCUGGCCGUUCAAACAGGUAAAGACGAAAUGAUCCUGCGUAAUUUGAUUGUGGCUGGUGCGGGCCUGAACGAGCGUGGCCCACGCCAGCAAUCAGCUCUGCACAUGGCGGCGGAGCGUGAAGACGGUGCUGGGCUGAUGAGCAUUUUGCUGGACGCCGGAGCUGACUGGUCGGCACUGGACGAUUGCGGAAAUUCAGCUCUCCACACCGCUGCCCGGCUUUGUCACGUCAGUGUUGCACAGGUGCUCUUGACCCAGUCACAAGUGGACGCCGAGUCUCGCAACAUGCGCGGACAAAAUCCUCUCCACCUGGCGGCGGGAAGUGGUCGCGAUGCAUCCGCCAGUCUUCUAAGCCUAUUCCUACAGUGUAUGCCUCAGUACCCGAUCAACGCACCCGACAUCGACGGCAAUUCGCCUCUUUUAUUGGCCUACAUGAAAGGAAACGUGGCCUUGUGCAAAGCUCUCGUCCGGGCUGGCGCCUGUUUGGCCGCCACAAACAAGAGUGGCGUUUCAAUAUUCAAUUAUCAAUUGGCUACCAAACAGCUACUUGUUAGAUUGUUGGAACAACUGAAUGAAGAACCGCCUUGGGCUGAACACGACUAUUGCAUGGAGUGUGGUAGCAAAUUUGGCAUCACCACUCGCAAACAUCAUUGUCGGCAUUGCGGAAGGAUCUUGUGCAGCAAAUGUUCCGAUCAAGUGGUUCCCAUCCUCAAAUUCAACCUUAGUAAACCGGUUCGAGUGUGCCUGUUGUGCUCACAAGUUCUUUGUUCCGGUGUUCCAUCUCCAUAAAACAGUGUUUCCAUGCACUCCAGUCGUCAUUUAUUUGAAUCUUAUGAAUUUUCUAUACGGCUAAAAUGAUCAAUUUGAGAGUUGCAACCAAGCGAGAAUUAUAAUAUACAUUCAUGUAUCAAAUGUG